AUGCCCAAAUUCUCUACUCCUACGCAUUCAAGUAGGAGGGUAGUCAUUGUUGGACUUGAAAAUAAGAAUAUUUGCAGAGCAAACCCAGUACAGGUGUUCAAAGAAAUUCACAAUCUUGUAGGCAAUCUGAAUGGAAAAGAGAAAGUGAAAAAUAUGAUGAUUUUGAAAUGUGAGAAUGACACACAAGUCAUGAAAUUGUUGGAACUAACCAAGCUUGCUGGUGUAGACGUUAAAGCAACGCGUUAUGAAGAUAAUCAUGAUUUCACAGCGAAAGGUGCUUUUCAUAGAAUAGAUACUCAAAUAAGUAAUGAGGAAAUUGCAGAAGUAUUGAAAGAUCAGAAGGUAAUUCAUGCUAAGCGUUUUAUGAAGGAAGUCAAUGGUGAAAUAGUAUCAACCCCAUCAGUUCUCAUCACCUUCAAAGGCAAGAAUAACCCCGAGACAGUAAACUUUCUGUAUCAGCUUAAACGUGUAGACAACUUUAGUCCACCUGUGCCAAGGUGUCACAAAUGUCAACUUUUUGGGCACAUGAAGGAAAAUUUCAAGGGUAAACUGCGAUGUGGAGGGGAACAUGAUUUUGAAGAGUGCACACAAAAGGAAAAUCGAAAAUGCUUUAGAUGUGGAGAUAAACACUCGGCGGCGUAUCAAGGUUGCAAAAUUUACAUAGAGGCUAAACAAAUACAGAAGGUUAAAUUGAAGGAAAACAUAACAUACGCACAAGCGACUAGGGUGUAUCUCACUGAAAAAAGUGAAAUUGUGGAAGAAGCCAGUAAGACCAUUAGUACUAGCGAUACUAAAAAAAAACGACUCAAAGGAAACUAA